AUGAUCACAAUUCAUCACUUGCAAGUCUCGCAGUCAGAGCGCAUAGUCUGGCUUUGUGAAGAGCUUGGCAUACCGGACGUUACUGCGCUAGCUCAGGCUCCGGUCCUCGAAGACAAUAAAGUCAUGCUAAAGGAGUCAAGCGCUAUCAUUGAAUACCUCAUGAACAAGUACGGGGGCGGAAGGCUGUCUUUAACACCUUUCCAUCCUCGAUUUACCGACUAUCUCUACUGGUUCCACGCCUCGAACUGCAAACUACAGCCACUCGUUCUGCUCAUUCUCCAGCUUUCCCAAAUUCACGACGCUGGAGCCCGUCUCGCGAGGGCUCAAGAGCGACUAGGUGCACUCCUCUGUCUUCUCGAUGAUCACCUCGAUGCAAGAUUGUGGCUGGCAGGCGAUGAUUUCACUGCAGCCGAUAUCAUGCUUGUCUUUACGCUGACGACCAUGCGAGUCUUCUAUGGUCUUGACCUUUCCGAAGGGCGGAAUGUGCUCCCUUGCCUCGAGCGAAGCUCUCGAAGGGAAGGCUAUCAGCGCGCAAGGAAUAAAGGUGAUCCAACCUUGGAGCUCAUGAUCGAGGGCCGAGCGCCCAAGCCAUAUGUAGACCGGCUCAAGGAAGCGCACAUCAUCUGA